AUGAGUUUGGAUACGCCCGUAAUCCAUCGUCGCCCAUCGACUCGUCUCCUCGAGCUCUGCACAAAUCGUUCCACGAUGGACACUUUCAUGGUGGUAUCUUCGAGACCAGAGAUGAAUGCCAAUCUUCUCAACGCUGCGAGUGACCGUCAACAGCCAACCGAAGCAGCCAAGCGAGCGAUGGACAUCUCGAAACGUCCGACGGAGCUGGACGCCUGCAAGUUCGCGAGUGCCGACUCCCGUCCGUAUCCGAUGAUGCCGGCUCUUGUCCAGAACGAAGAAGAGUCAAAGGAGGGGGAGCCAGAGCCGAAUAUCUACCCCAUUCCAGCGAACGAGGAGGUUCGCAUGGCCGCGAUUGAGCAUUUCCGUCUCCACGACGUCGCCAAUGUCUCUGAACUCAACGUGAUCUGCUCACUGGCUGCGGCAGAAAUGAAGGCCCCUCACAGCGUCGUCACACUUGUUGAAACGUGA